GAGAUUGUCACAUGAAUUAUUUAUCAAUUGGUUAAUCAAUUUAAGGAUAUUAAAUUUUAAAAUUGCUAGGAAGAGGUGCAUUUGGAUAAGUAAAAUGAUAUAUAAUUAAUAGGUAUAUCAAGGCCUUUAACUAGAAACAAAUGAUAAUGUUGCAAUAAAAGUUAUAGAAAUAGAAAGAUUUAAAGAAAAUGAUGGAAUUUUGGGAUAGCUGGUGCAAUCUGAAAUCUAGGCUUUGAAGACUGUACAAAGUGAUCAUGUUGUAAGGUUUUUUGAGUCAUUUACCGACAGUAGAUAUUGCUAUAUAGUAAUUGAAUUUUGUGAUUGUAUGUUCAAUAUUAAAUAUUUAUUUUAGCUGGAGAUUUAGAAUAAUAACUAAAGAAACCUAACCUAAAAUUAACUGAGCAAGAUGCUUUAGGAAUUAUUAAAUAAAUCUUGUAGGGUUUAAGAGAUCUCCAUGCUAAUUAUAUAAUUCAUAGAGAUCUCAAAAUACAAAACAUUUUAGUUCAUAAUAACUCAAUUUAUAAAAUAGCGGAUUUAGGAUUUUGCAAAGUCUUAUAACAUGAAGUAUUAAAUUAAGAAUAUUAGAGGAUCAACAAUCUAGAUUGUAAUUAGGAACUUUAUUUACUAUGGCUCCAGAAAUUUUUAACUAAUAACAAUAUGGAUUGUCAUCUGACAUGUAUUCUGUGGGAGUUAUCCUUUACUAGAUUCUAUACAAGAGAUUUCCUUUUUCAUAAAGAGAUUACCUAUCAGUUGAAUAACGUAGAAUAUUUUUUUAAUUUAAGCAAUAAUUAAUUUUUAGAAAAAUUAAAUUGAAGUUUCAGAUAACACCAAGGAUCUCCUGAAACAAAUGCUAUAAUUUGAUCCUUAAAAAAGAAUAAAAUUUGAUUAAUUAAUCAAUCAUCCAGCUUUUGAAAAACCAAUAUUUAGUAUUUUAUUCAAUUAUUUUUUUAGGUAUGAUAAGUAAAAUAUAAUUACAAUCUAAUAUACUUUAAUUUGAUGACUAUGAAAAAUUUUAUCAAACAAAAACUAGAGCUAUUGAAGCUAAUUCAAAUGCUUUUAAAAACAAAGAAAUGUUAGCAAAACAUAAAGUUCAAUAAUAAUAAUAAUUUUAAUACUAGUAGGUAAAUGAAUCAUAAUAAAUGCUUUUAUAAUUAUAACACAAAUAAUAUUAAUAAUAGUUAGAAUAUUAAGAAUAUUAAUAGCAAUAAUAAUAAUAAAAAAUACAAUAACAACAAUAAUAUUAAUAGAAUUAACAAUAGUUAUAAAAAGAAUAAUAAUAAUAUUAAUAUUUAUAAUUACAAUAAUAAUAAUAAUAUUAAUAAUAAUAAUAAUAAUAAUAAUAAAAGUAAUAAUAAUAAUAAUAAUAAUAAUAAUAAUAAUAAUAAUAAUAAUAAUAAUAAUAAUAAAAGUAAUAAUAAUAAUCUAAUAAAAAAAUAAAUAUUACAGAGAUAAUAGAAGUAGAAUAAGUUGCAGAUAACAGAUUGAGCUUAGAGAUAGAUAAAAUUAAUAAUAAAAUUAAUGAGAUGUAUUUCUUUUCAAACACUAUUCAAGAAAUAAUACAUACCUUUUCUAAACCUAAUAUUGUUGCUCUAUUAUGUUACAAAUUAUAAAAAUUAUGCGAAAAUAUACUCAAUAUAAUUAUUUAAAAUAAGGAAAAAUAUUAAAAUCAAAAACAAUAUUAGUUUGACUUUUAAAUUCUUGAGUAAUAAUAUAGGUAAAUGGCUACCUUAUCGGAAGGAAUUAUUUAUUAAUUUUAUGAUUUACAAGAAGAAUUAAAUAAUUGCAAAGAAUAAGAAAUGGCUCAAUUGAUUUCAUAAGAAAUUUCAGACUAGUAAUUUAAUGAGGAGUUUUGCAGAUAAUUAUAGAAAUAUAUAUAAAGUGAUCAUAAUAAAAUUACUGUAGCGUUUUCUCAUGUAAUUUUAUGUUAUAUAUUUUGUUAAACUAAAAAUUCAGAAAUUAUACAAUUUGAUUAAAAUACUUUUAACCUAAGGAUAGCUAAGGAGGAAUAUUAAUAUUCUUAAGAACUGUUAUAAAAGUUUGAUGCGGUUUCCCAAAAUUUUGAUUUAUAUCAAUAUUGA